CCGCGCGGCGCCGCUGGCUUCGUUCCCUCCCCUCCUCCGCCCGCCGCCCUCGCUGUCCCCCGGGCGGCCGGAGACGGCGGCGGCGUCUGCGGGAAGCCGUGUCUCCGCAGUGACGUGGGCGGGCCGAGGGCCGGGUGACGUCAGAGGCUGUGUGUAGCGCUGUGUGUGGGGUUCGGAGCGGCGCCGGCACAGCGAAGGCGGCGAGCGGCGGCGACGGCGGGCACAGGUCAAUUAAACGAAGAGUGAACUGUAAUCCUUGAAGAUAACCGGGCAGGGUUUUUUCUUUUAAGUAUAUAUAUAUAUAUUUUAAUUGUAGAAGUUCAGGUGGAGUCAGGCUGUUACUGGUAUAGAGGUUUAGACUUUACCACAGAGCAGUGGACCACCAUUUUCAGUGAAGUUACCCCCCCCCCCCCCCCACUUCUUUUUUGGUGCCCUUGGCAAAAAUGAAAUCCAUUGCAUCAUUGUAACUCAUGUUUGGGUGUAGUUUUAGUAUAUAGUAAUUGCAGAACUUUGCCACAUGCUUCCCUUCGAAGACAGAGCCACCAAAUGCAGCCAUUGCACCGAACUUCAGGCAAAUUGAAUUGAGAAAUUAGUCUUAUUUUAACACAAAUAUCCGAAGAAAUCAAGAAAACAAGAUUUUUCUCAGAAGUCUGCUUAUGAUUUAUUAGAAGCAAAUCAGAAAUUUUGUAGUAUUUUCUGUUAUCCUGAGGUAUAACUAAACCAAAACCAAUUUGCACAAAUUUAUUGAGCAAGAAAUUCAUCUUUGGAAACUAAACAUUUUCUAGGGAGUCAUAAUUUUUGUAUACAUUAUCCUUUUCUUUUCAAAUUAGCAACUGUAUACAACAUGCCAAUUGCAGACUUAAUUAUUUAAAACACCAGUGUAGUCAUGGAAAACCUACAGUCCAGUUUCUCCUUAGUUCAGGGUUCAAAUAAAAAACUGAACAGAAUGGAGGAUGAUGGCAGCCCUCCCGUGAAAAAAAUGAUGACAGACAUUCAUGCCAAUGGAAAAGCGCUAACCAAGGUGAAGAAGGAGCAUUUGGAUGACUAUGGAGAUGCAUCGGUGGAGACCGAUGGAGAGCUUGCCAAGCGAAACUGUACUUCCAUGCCUGAAACUUUAAAUUUAAACCCCAGUCUGAAGCACACACUAGCACAGUUCCAUCUGAGUAGUCAGAGCUCUUUGGGUGGACCAGCAGCAUUUUCCGCUCGCUAUUCCCAAGAAAGCAUGUCGCCGACUGUGUUCCUGCCUCUUCCAUCUCCUCAGGUUCUUCCUGGCCCUCUUCUCAUCCCUUCUGAUAGCUCCACAGAGCUCACUCAGACUGUUUUGGAAGGGGAGUCUAUUUCUUGUUUUCAAGUUGGAGGAGAAAAGAGACUCUGUUUGCCCCAAGUCUUAAAUUCUGUUCUCCGGGAAUUUUCACUCCAGCAAAUAAACACAGUGUGUGAUGAGCUCUACAUAUAUUGUUCACGUUGUACUUCAGACCAGCUUCACAUCUUAAAAGUCCUAGGAAUCCUUCCCUUCAAUGCCCCAUCCUGUGGGCUGAUCACGUUGACUGAUGCGCAAAGACUCUGCAACGCCUUACUGCGGCCGAGGACCUUUCCUCAAAAUGGUAGCAUACUUCCUGCUAAAAACUCUUUGGCCCAGUUAAAGGAAGCUGGCAGUGCCUUUGAAGUAGAGCAUGAAUGCUUGGGCAAAUGUCAGGGUCUCUUUGCACCCCAGUUCUAUGUUCAGCCUGAUGCUCCCUGUAUCCAGUGUCUGGAGUGCUGUGGAAUGUUUGCACCCCAGACAUUUGUCAUGCAUUCUCAUCGGUCACCUGACAAGAGAACUUGCCACUGGGGCUUCGAGUCAGCCAAGUGGCACUGUUACCUUCAUGUGAACCAAAAAUAUCUAGGAACACCCGAAGAAAAAAAACUGAAGAUAAUUUUAGAAGAAAUGAAAGAGAAGUUUAGCAUGAGAAAUGGAAAGAGAACCCAAUCAAAGACAGAUACACCGUCAGGAAUGGAAUUGCCAUCCUGGUACCCUGUUAUAAAACAGGAAGGUGACCAUGUUUCUCAGACGCAUUCGUUUUUACACCCCAGCUACUACUUGUACAUGUGUGAUAAAGUGGUUGCACCAAAUGUGUCACUCACAUCUGCCUCCCAGUCUAAAGAGGUCACCAAGACAGAGACAAGUAAGUUCUCCAAACAGGCAGAAAAGCCUCAUGGUAAUAGUAAACAACAAAGAACAGUGUCUUACCCAGACGUCUCACUUGAGGAGCAGGAGAAAAUGGAUUUAAAAACAAGUAGAGAGUUAUACAGUCAUUUAGAUCCAUUGAUCUCAAAUAAUUCUGUGAGUAAAAAGAAAUCUGAGUCUGCUGUUUGCAACUUAGUGAGAGACAUAAGCAAGCUUGAUGCUGAAGCUUCGUCUCCGUUUCUGGUCAGAGAUGUUACUUGUGAGGACGACAAGGGAAAGAUUAUGGAAGAAGUGAUGAGAACCUAUGUAAAACAGCAGGAGAAGCUGAAUUCAAUUCUGCAGAAGAAGCAACAGCUUCAGAUGGAAGUGGAGAUGCUGAGCAGCUCUAAGGCGAUGAAGGAGCUCACUGAAGAGCAGCAGAAUCUACAGAAGGAGCUUGAGUCUUUGCAGAAUGAGCAUGCUCAGAGGAUGGAGGAAUUUUAUAUUGAACAGAGAGACUUGGAGAAGAAGUUGGAGCAGGUGAUGAAGCAGAAAUGCACCUGUGACUCAAACUUGGAGAAGGAUAAAGAGGCCGAGUACGCAGCCCAGUUGGCAGAACUGAGGCAGAGACUGGACCAUGCUGAGGCGGACAGGCAAGAACUCCAGGAUGAACUCAGACAAGAGCGGGAGGCGAGACAGAAGUUAGAGAUGAUGAUAAAAGAGCUGAAGUUGCAGAUUGUGAAAUCGUCAAAGACCACCAAGGAAUAGAAGAGAUGCUUCUGUAUUUGGUUGACAGGGAUUUAUGUUUGUUGCUUGCUUUGGAAAUUAAAUUUUAUCAUCUUAUAUGAAUGAAGAUAACUAGACAUUCUGUUCAUUUGUAGGGCAGCAAAGUGCAAAGAUUAUAUAGUAGUACAUCAAUUUUUCCGUUUUCCAAAUGAAUGAACAUUUGCUUCUUUGUACAUUUUUCAGUCAGCUUGGUAAUGCUGACCUAUGUGAUUUCAGUCUGUGGACAGUCUGUCUACCUGUAUUUCUGAGGCAAGCCCAACAGUUACAUACUUUCCACAGCUGCGCUAUGUGGUGGAAAAGAGCAAUGUCAGUUUUGUAUGCUUAUUUCAGUCUGGAGCUUAGAUACAGGGUAAUGUUUAUUAUACAGAGCCAGCCAACUCUGUGUCUUCCUUCUCAUUACAGAAUAUCUUAUUACAGAAUCUCCUCUUUUUAGUUUUUCAAGAUACGGUUUCUCUGUGUAGCCCUGGCUGUCCUGGAACUCACUCUGUAGACCAGACUGGCCUCGAGCUCAGAGAUCCAGCUGCCUCUGCCUCUUGAGUGCUGGGAUCUUUUCAUUUUUAUAUACCAAGUUUGUGUUUUAUUUUGUUCAGGUUGUGGAAUGAAGUUCCUCCUAAGAGGAAUCUUACUGAUGGAAUGAUAGUACCACCCCAGUGUACAUUGUGGGGGAGCAUGCUUUGCUGUACCUUCAUGCUGCACACAAGAGCAGUUGUAAUUUGUCUUUUGGUUUAAGAGUGGCUAUAUCUAGAUAUGUGUGUGUUGACUUAAGAAAAUUAAAAUGAUUGCUUAACUUUUAUUGUUAAUGGUGUGAGAAUAUUCAUCUUCAUGAGGAAAAUGGAUCCCACUGAUGUACAUUGGUUCCUCUUGUACAGUUUUUAUAUGUAGUCUUAAAAAGGGUCUUACUGAAAUUUAUAUAAUGGAUUUUUUUCUUUUAAAUUAUAAAAUAUUAAAUAUCUUGAAGGUUAUUUUGGACUUUUGUAUAUUUUAAUGUUACCUUAAAACUUGCACGAAUGGACCAUUAUGACUCUUUAAUCUUAAAAUCAGGAAUUUACAGUCAGCUAAUAAUAUCUGAUAGCUUAAUAAUUCACCCUUGAAGUAUCUGCUACUAGCAGGAAUUUUGGAUGAACUUUAGAUGACAAAUGAAUUCCGUGGUUUGGGGAAGGGCAGCCUCUGCACUUUUAUUUUUAUUUUUUUGCACAUUAAAGUCUGUUAUUUUUGACCAGUGGCUUUCCCAUUAGUUGAUGCUCAGCUUGAAAUUUACUAGGGAGAAUUCUAAGAGCAUUGUGGUUUUUCUUUUUGUUUUGUUUCCCCUUCAAAUUGCAGGGUUCCUCCUGCCUCUGCCUCCCAAGUGUUGGAUCUACAGGCGUGGGCCCCACCACACCUGGGUGUGUGUGUGUGUGUGUGUGUGUGUGUGUGUGUGUGUAUGUUCACUACAUGAAGGGACUUGGUGUCUGUGCUUAGGAAUAACUUAAGAGUUAAGGCUGUCACUGCUCUUUCGUUUCUUCAUACAUGUUUCUUCAUACAUAUUUCUUGAUACAUCUAAAAGCAACUUUUUCCAAAAGGGAGUUUGCUUUCUAAAUGUAUUUUGACCGAAAUGGGGAUUUACUCCUCUAUGUUAGCUUUAUAAUUUAAUGUGUUGACUUUUGUAACCUCCUUGAGGAGAAACAGAUGUUAAAUUGCACAGGGACCAUAUAUGUCAUUUUAUUUAGAUCUGGGGAAAGAAAAAUCACAGCCAUUUGUAAAAUAGCUUUAGCUUAGUUGUCAGUUAUAGUGCAGCUGGGCUAUGUGGGAGGCAAACUUACACCAUUUAUUUUUCUGAUUACUCAAAACUCUUCUACUUACGUGCUACUAAAGCACAUGUAAUUUUUCGAGUCUUUGAAUGAAACUUGGCCUCAUGACAUUGUUUAGCAUAGCCUUUAUUUUCCAGAAGAUGAAAGGAUGUGCCAUAGUUUUUUGUCUGAACUUCCUUGAAAAUAAUUUUAAUCAGCUGUAAAUAUUAUACCUACUACUGUUGAAAGUAACUUUAAGUUACAUUGCUCCAUAUAGCUUGAAAACGAAAUUGAAACUCUGUCAUACUCCCAAAGUGACCACUGCUUAACUUUCCAUAGGAGACUUAUUUUAUGCAUGCUCAUUUUGUGUGCUGGUUGCUAUCUUAAAGUUCGUUCUGGUGUUCGGUCUUGUGCAUUGUGCCAAGCUUACUAGGCAAGCAGAUACUUCCUCAGACUCUGUUCUGUCAGGAAGAAAGGAGACCAUGUGCUCUGAAAACCUGGGUUUAGGAGUGCACUGCAGAGUUUGUAGAGUGCAGGAGAGACGGCGAGUGAUGCCUGCUGUGGUGGUGAUGGUUUCUCUCUGUGGUCCAAGUGUGGGAACUGCUGCCCUCAAGGAGACUCAAACCACCUGCCAAUCAACCAGGACUUUUGAACACCGAAAGAUUUGACCAACAACUUAGGUUUGGCUUGGGCUUUAAUAUUUUUGAAAUAUAUUCCUUUGCUUGAAUUUCUUGUGUUUUUGAGGAUAAGGAUGUUUUAUGCUUCUUGAGCUAAUUUUAUAACAUUUAAUAUAUAACCUGUUUAUAUGUAAAAUCUUUUGUACAGGGGUGGGAAGGAGUAAUGGGAAAACUCAUCUGUACAUAGUGAAUUAUAAACAGACUGGAGUAGGGAGACAGUGGGUUGCACUUGGUUCGCAGGCUCCUGUGUCCUUUGAAAGUCACAUCAGAGCAGCCAGUUUCUCUGUGUGUCUGACUUGUUUGCAAAAUGAAAAGGAAACACAAGUACUAAGAAACGUGCCCAAGGUAUUUCCCUAGAAACAGCUGCGAAGCUGGUCUUGCAGGGCUCGGAUCCACUUCUAGAAGGUGUGCUCAAUGUGUUAGGCUUUGAGUGGGUCAGCAAGAACAUUAGUUUCUAUUUGUCCGUUGUGCAUUUAAUCCUUAGGCCAGGGCAUUCCAAACUGAUGACAAAUUGUGUUCAUCAUGUCCAUCUGAUCCUGCUCUUGGACCUACUUGUUCACGGUUUCAUGGAAGCAAUCAGCAAUAUGUGAUAUGAACUGCGGAACUGAGAUAUUUAAACAGAACUUAGUUUUUUUCUUUUUCUAGUGUAAGAUACUUAAGCAUUUCCACUAUUGGAAGAAAAACAUAUGGGUAUUUUGUAUUGUAUCUUGUUUGAAAGGACAGUCUUUUUUAAUCUUCCCACUUAAAUGGCUUUUAAAAAUAUAUACAAUUUGAAGCUUGUUUAGAAAUAGAAUUAAGUGUCAUAUAUAGUGUUAACUGUUUUGAAAUUAGGAAGUAAUCAAAUAUAAAACAUUUUAAAAAAUUAAGCCCAGAAAACAAAAUAGUGUUUAAAGUUAGUUUAGUAUAAAAGGAAUUUAUAAGAUUUUUUCUUCAAUAUAGAUACCUCACUUGAAAAAAAAGAAAGCACAGCACGUUUAAUUCUCAUGAAAACACCCUACUAAAAUAAUUGCUAAGCCUAGGACAUCGUUUGAGUUGUUAGAGUUUGUGAUACAUGUAGUUGCCAUUAGCUUUUUGCUGGAAAUACUUAUAUUGGUAAUUUUAAGGCAAUGUAACAGUCUUCAAUUACUCCUCAGUUUUAACCUGUGAAGGCAGUAAGUGAAUGGUCCCUUCUGCAACUACUGAAGCAAAUUGACUAUAUUGAGCAUAAUUCAACUGGUAAUUUUGCCAGUGUGUAUAGUUUUAUGAUUAAAAUUGCUGUGGUUGGUUGCAUUACAUGACACACAAAACUGUCCUCUACCUCACGUGAAAUAAAUAUUUUAUAUGGUUUUACUAAAAAAAAAUAAGAUUCAUCUAUCUGGUUACUUAGUUUACAAAUUUUGGAUUAUAUUUAUUGAAACAUGACAUACUGUGCUCUUAGCUUAUACCUCAAUUGUAUUUUGUGCUGUUUUCCAUUUUCAUGCCUUGUAUAUAACUUGUAUAGAUGGUGGAUGAUAUUCCCAAUAAAAGCUUUUAAUGCCCAUGA